UCAUAUUUAUGCAAAAUGCAUUUAACUAUAAAAUUACUCACGAAUAAGCAUCCAACAUUUAUCGCACGCACCGUGUUCGUGAAGAACAAUAAUGUUGAUGACGCCUGCAGGCUGGUGAACAGGAUCCUCGGCAAGGAAGGCAUCCUCGAGCAGUAUCGACUCACGCGGUACUACGAGAAGCCCUUUCAGACACGACGUCGUAUUAACCACGAGAGGUGCAAAGCAAUCUACAAUGAAGACAUGGAGAGGAAAAUCCAAUUUGUGCUCCGAAAAAACAGGCAUGAACCCUUUCCAGGCUGCCACUGAAAUAGCUUUAUUUAUACAACACAGACACUAACACUGUCUUAAUUUAGCUUUUAUUUAUUAAUUUAAAUAAACACAUCCU